AUGUCGUCUCACUCCUUACCAUCCAAACAACCACCAGUCAAGAUUGACAGCAAGAAUGGAAAACAUCAGCCCAACCUGAUCAUCUUCAUGCCCGAUCAGCUCCGGUAUGAUGCUCUGGGUUGUACUACCGGAAGUGGUCUGAUCAAGACUCCGAACAUUGACGCGUUCGCCCGACGUGGGACGCUGUUCACCAAUUGUUUCGUCCAGGCGUCGGUGUGCUCACAGUCUCGGUGCAGCAUGUUCACCGGCACGUACCCUCACGUCAGUGGGCACCGUAGUCUCGAGAACCUGAUCAAGCCGUGGGAACCCAACAUGUUUCGUAGCCUCAAGGAACGGGGCUAUCAUGUGGCUUGUUUGGCACCCCGGGGGGACACUUUCGCUCCGACCGUCACAGAACUCAGCGUCAGCGAGUAUGGGUUCCUCGAAACUCCAGAGUUCGUGCCCAAAUUUGCAGGCGCUAAAAAUGUCGCGGAGAAGGACGAGAGUAUCUGGGGAAGGCUGUUCUAUAAAGGCCGCAGAGACGAUCAGCAAGCCCUCGACUAUGACGACGCUGUGGUCAAAUCUGCUUUGAGAUGGCUCGAGUGUCUGCCCGACGACAAACCGUGGGUGCUUUUCAUGCCACUACUGUUUCCACAUUGCCCAUUCCAGGUCGAGGAACCUUAUUUCUCAAUGUACGAUCGCAAUGAGAUGCCUCGAACCGUGUCUUUCCCGAGCCAAAAGACUGGCUAUGAGCCUCGCUAUAUGAAGACCAUCCGAGAGCAGUACGGCACUAGUCGAGCCACGCCCGAGAUCUGGGCUGAGAUCAAAGCCACGUACUACGGCAUGAUCAAGCGAUUGGACGACCAAUUCGGCCGAAUCGUGAAGAAAGUGGACGAAUUGAGUCUCUGGAAGGAUACGGUGACGUUGUUUUUCACCGAUCACGGCGAGUAUCUCGGGGAUCAUGGCUUGAUUGAGAAGUGGCCUUCGGGUCUCUCCGACUCAUUGACACAUGAACCCUUGAUCAUCGCAGGAGGCGGUUUGCCAGAGGGUCAAACAUGUGAAGCGAUGACCGAGAUGGUCGAUCUGAUUCCUACUGUUUUUGAGCUCUGUAGCAUUGGCGAACACUUCCCCCAUAACGGGAAAUCACUGAUCCCGUGCUUGGUGAACGGCCAGAAAACCCACAAGAAAUUCGCCUUCUCUGAAGGCGGCUUCCUAGAAAGCGAGGAACCUCUCUUGGAGCAGGCGCCGUACCCGUAUGAUAUCAAAGCCGGGCUGCAACACGAGGAUACCACAUUGGUCGGCAAGGCGGUCAGUGUUCGCACUCCGGAGUGGACGUACGUGUACCGUCUCUACGAGCCUGCGGAGCUCUACCACCGCCAGAAAGAUCCGGAAGAAAUGCACAAUCUGGCGGCGGACCCCGAGUACACGCCGGUCUCGAAAAUGCUGGAGGGCGAAGUCUUUCGGUGGCUCAUGGAGAGCACAGAUGUUCUGCCGUGGACCAAAGAUGUUCGUUUCCCAGAGGUGCACCUGAAAUCCCCAAGAGAGCAGAUUGAAGAGAGGUUGAAAAAGGUUGGUAAGUGUGACACGAAUGGGCGAGAAUCUGUAGCGCCGGGGACGACGAACGCUACCGCAUGA